AUGACAAGCAGAUUUUCUGCUUGUGUGCUGGCUUUACUGCACUUCUGUCGUUCCUCUGACUCGUAUGAACGAUCGACAUUGCCUGGUAUUGGAGAUCCAAAGUUUAUUGAGGAAUGUGUGCGAACCCAUAACAGAUUCCGGUCUGGAGUGAAUCCACCAGCCAGCAACAUGCUCUACAUGAGUUGGGAUCCAGAUUUGGCAAAGACCGCUAAAGCUUGGGCAAAGAAAUGCCUGUUUAAACAUAAUACGUACCUCAAAGAUCCAGGGCAGGCUCACCCCAAAUUUACCCCUGUUGGAGAAAACCUCUGGACUGGCUCACUUUCUCUUUUUACUGUGCAAGGAGCCAUCACCUCUUGGUACAAUGAAGUCAGCGCCUACAAUUAUGCCACCAAUACCUGCAGAAGAACAUGUGGCCACUAUACACAGGUUGUUUGGGCUACAAGCUACAAGGUUGGCUGUGCUGUCCACUUCUGUCCCAGUGUAGCAUACUCCUCCAUAACCAAUGCGGCACACUUCAUCUGCAACUACGGGCCAGCUGGGAAUUACCCAAAGCGCCCGUACGAGACAGGAGCAGCGUGCAGCGACUGCAAUGGCGAGCAGUGUGCCGACCGGCUGUGUCAAAAUGCAGAGCGUGACGAAGUCAUUAGCGAUUCCAGGUGGCAUCCGGACUGGGACAGACCUGCAUGUGAUGAGUACUGCAUCACCGUUAUUGUUUUAAGGCCGAUACUCCUUAUACUGGCAAUUCUGGCCACUUGGCUCCUACCAAAAUACUCAUCUAUAGCACCCGCCACCAAGUGA